CACUUGACUUUAUCAGGUGGAGGCUUCAGUUUGUUGUGGAUUUCAUUUCGAUCAUCCCUUUCUCAGUUUUAGUUCCAGCGCAGUAGCGUAGAUACGAGUCUGCGACACAGGAAUGUUACGAACACAGAAAGCUGUUUACGUGUCCAGUGCAACAGCGUUGUUUGUCUGGCCUUCCCUAGCGUAGGUCUACUUCGCAGCGAAAUCAACCCGCUAAACCGUUUGCUGAACCGUUUAGUCAUUUUAUUUCAGGGUCCAUUUCCUGUGGACUGCUGCUACCGUCUGGCCGUCUUCUAGUAUUUGGACACGCUAGAAUGGAGGACACUGCACAGAGCGCUGCUACGCCUAGCGUGCAUCAUGUCGUCGACGAUGUUGCUUCACGUUCAUCGCCGCACGCUAGAAAUGAGAGUCGAGGGGGUAGACUAGCGCGUCGUUCCUCUUCUCUGGGAAUUGCGACCAGCAAUGCAGUGGAGUUGGUCGUUACUGACCCGAAUGUCGACGAGAACACGUUGAAAAUCCUGGGAAACAUGGCUAUUGACGAGGAGCGUCGAUCGGAAAUGCGCAGAUCCUUUACGAGUGGAAAGCGUGGAAAGCGCAACUCUGGAUCGGGCACCAACACUCCUCCGAUCGCUACGUCCACGCCGCGUCGUAGCUCAAUGGGAUCGAUCGACUUGCACUAUUCCAGGGACAGACUUGGUCAUAGCUGCAGUCUGACAUCGUCCAUAACGCCGCGUGCGCAUGGCGUGGCAGCAGCUGAGUCCGAGGAGGCAACACACGAGUUUAGUGGCUAUGAUGUACAACCUAGUCCUGUUGGCUCUUGUAACAGUACGGAAGCUCUGGGCGGUGAAAACAGCAGCACCCGCGUCAGUACUGCAUGUAAUGGUGUAGAGGAGAAGGUAGCUGAUACAAAUGGCCUGCCCCUACUGCCACUGGUAGCAGCGCAUGUCAAAGACUCAGUGGAUGGUAAACGACAGCACACGGCUGCUGCAUCGCCACAGGGCAGUGAUGGUACAAGUGCAAGCACACGACGGGUGCGGCUGCAACGCAAAGUAGAGCUCCUGCGACAGGCCAGUCUCCAUGCGGCCGGUACUGACAUGGCAGACAAGUAUGGCGAGAGCUCUCCGAUUAGCCCCAUACCUGAAGUCAGUGUUGAAUCAAUGUCACCCUCGCCGUCUUCACUACCUGCAGAUCCGACGCCAGCCGAACAAGCAGUAUCUGAUCAUGAGCAGCUAGAAGAGUCACUGCCAACUGGGCCACCAGAACCACCACCGCUACCACCAAACCUCCUGGACCUUGGUCUGGACGAGGGAAAGCCGCUGAAAGCCGAGUCGUUACCACGUCGUAAAACAAUUGCCGUGGUCGACGAGGAUAUGGUUGAGCUGGACGAAGCGCUGGAUGUGAUCCGCGAACAAGAGCAAGACAUCACCAUUCUGCAUUAUCAGCUGGAAGACAUGAAAGACAAGUUUGAGGAAUUGGAAAUGGAACACUAUGAAAAUGAACAGCUGUUGCGACAAGCGCGGGACAAGACCGGUCGCUUGCAAUAUGAUGUGGAGCAGAAGAGCAAGGAGUUAGAGAGUUAUGCACGUGUUGGCAAGUACUUAGAAGACCUACUCCAGGCGUAUGAUGUCAGUGUGCCGAAGAACGCGGUUCUGUGUGAUGAAGUUGAGCGACAGAAACAUCUAGAAGUGGCGCGCCGCAAGCUCCACGAGUCGGUAGAGAAGCAGUUAACCGAAGAAAACAAGAUUGCUAGCGAUAGAGGACCAUCCUCAAACGUUACAGAUGGACGAAUAACACAAAGUUCCAUGAUGUCUCUCUCGACAUCUCUACUGAGCCGAGUGAGGACGCCGGAGUGGCUCAGCCGACAGCGAUCUCCAUCGCCGAAGACGUCGAUAAGUCUCUCGCGGGAAUCAUCCGUGGACCCACCGGAUUACCGCGAGUCACUGACGCCGCUCAGAGGUCAGUCACCCGCCACGUCACUCUCAUCCGCAACCAACCGCCACAUCAGACUAGUGAGACACUCGUCAGUCGACCUGCCAUUAGCUAGAUCUCUCAACUCUACGCCAUCAGCACUGGUGGCAUCUCCGCUUCAGCUGGCGGCAGACGCAAUGAAUGAUUCCAACCGCGACAACCAAUCUGCCAAAUCAGUAUCAAGCAGAAGUGAUACACCCGAUGCACAGUCUGACGCAGUAUCGAAGGUUAGUUAUGUAGAACAUGACCAUGACUAUGUAGUCGUAUCAGCUGCAACUACUCCUGAUCGUGUCUCUCCCAGUAUGACGUCGUUAGUGGAUCAUGAUCAUGAUUACAUCACCAGUGGCGAAUCAACGCCGUCCGGUUUUCACACAUCCGUUGCUGGGGACGAGACAGAUGGUGUCGGUGCCCGUACCGCAGCACAGGAAUGCACUCAGUAUGAAACAAACAGUGCGCACCGGGCAAGCUCUCGAGAUACCGUGUCUCCAGUGCAGAUGCAUGCUCAACCUCCACACCCUCCAGUUUCCCAAACAGCAGGCAGCAUCGUGGCAGAUACAGAGUCAGCACAGACUGGCUCCCAAUCGGUACCCAGUGCAGAGAUUCGUGUUGCAGAUCAGCCGUCUGCCGUAUCAGGCCGGCAUGCCAAGUUGGCCAGGACGGGCCCUCAGCUCAUACAGCAGUCACGCACACCACCCGUUGCCAGCGAGUAUAGCAGCAGUGUCAGCAGUGAUGUCAGUAGUGACGGGAACAGUUCAGGGAGUGAGGACGCAGUCAUGGUGCUUGCUAGUGGUGGGUCCAGCAGGCAUCACAUGCAGUCCAACGGUGUUGUCACCAACACGUCACACUCCAGCCUUUCCUCCGCCAACAUAGCUCUUUCUCAGCCAGCAGCCUCUGCUUCGACCAUCUCUCAUGGUAAAAUCUCUGCAGGUAACAUCUCUACAGGCAGCAUCUCUGCAGGCAACAUCUCUACAGGCAGCAUCUCUGCAGGUAACAUCUCUACAGGUAAUAUUGCUGUGGCAAGGUCAGCGGUAUCAGCUACUGCCAACUCCGGAGCGAAUGUCACUCCAUUUCCUGCCGAUCCAAAUUGGUCAAUGCCGGGAGCAUUGCGAACUGGCAAAGAGCGACCUCUGCCACCACGUCGCAAUGAGUCCAUUCCUCAGAACGUUGUGACAACGGCACCUGGACAAGCUAGGUCAGCUGCAGUGCCAGCCUCCGUACUGACUCGGCACGAGUACACGGCUGCCAUGGCAAUGCUGCAGAGUAAUCAGAAUACGGUGGCGGCGGGAAAUGAUAACUCCAGGCAGUCAAGACUCCAUGUAUCCGAUUUGCCAACAUCAAACCAUCAAUCGUCCGGCGUAACUCUCGUUGAUCAACCCUACGCUCAGAGUAACGUCACCAUGCUGCACCGCACGAGUAUGUACUCGGAUUCGCGAGCGUCCAUGGCACACACCCUGCCCCAGCCUCAGGCUGUGCAAGCUGCAGCACGCCAUCGACCACUUCACGCUGUAGUGAGCCAGCCAGUGGUCGGUAGCAGCCAUCAUGGCCACACGCCAAGCAUUGAUGACCAGUCUCCGGGUGAUGCACAUAAGUCACCGUACGCACGCCGGCGAAUCUCCAUGGACAGUUUACAGCCCCUGGAAGAAGUCCCUAGUCCCGCUACACAGCCCCGUUUCAGUGUCAGAUCAGUAGCCAGUGAACGGCAGUCUGCAGCAAUCGUCAAUCAGAAUUCUUCUGCCGCUCCUGCGGCCAAAGUUGAAACGCAAGUAUAGACAUCACUAUAGCUUAAUCCACAGAUUGCAGCAGUGCAAAGUUGCUGAUGUUUGACUUUAUUUGAUUCUAGCAACAUGCUUCGCUGUGCUAUUUUCUUAUCCAUAUCACAUCAAUGUUGCAUGAAACCUACACAGAGACCACAGCAGACCAUUACUAGUAACCAACUUAUCAUAUACCGACUCUACUAUCACAACCCUUUCUUUACAGAGAUUAUUACAGCAUUCACUCUACUCGUACGCAUGCCCCCUCUCCCCUCAAGUGCAUGCGCGCUUGUGUACAUGCUCCUGUGGACGUGUGCUGAGUACUCGGACACCGGUCACUGAGGGCUGAUGCAGAGCUCUACCUCGUACCCGGUGACCACGUGGCUUGAAAUGUGUCACUGCCAUUGGUCCGCGGUCUUUGUCGCACACAGUGACUGCACAGCGCAGACCAGACGUAAUGUACUACUUGUGUCUGUGGCGUUCUUGUCCGAACAAUACUGAGUUGUAUUCUUCUAUGGCUAUCGAACACUGAGCUUGUUUGGUUGUUUUGGCGUAUACCAGUACAUGUAUUUCAGAUGAUAUAGCCCAGCGCAACUUUGAUCUAUUCUAUGUCUAGUAGGCUGCUUUGAUAACUUAUUUCUGUUCACCAGUAACUGUUGUUUUUGAAUUUCCAGUUCUAAAUGUGCUAUUACUAUGGCAACGUGUA